AUGGCACCCCUUUCAAAGCCUCGCGCAAAAGGGCCGCUGCAAGCACCCCAGAAGCCGCCAACAGCUGUUUCAUACACCCAGCCGCGCAGCAUGCAGAGCGAAACUGAAGUCCGUUCACCCGAGAGCAACAGGGUGGUCUAUCGAGAAGUGUCCCUGACUGCGACUCCACAUCCGUUUGUGAAUCCGAGCGAUGCUUUCUCACAGCCGAAUCUAAAGGAGCCAGACCCUAAACGUCAGUGA